GCGAAUUUGUUUUACGACAAUUGGAAAGUCACCAGCGAAACGCGCAGCUCGUGAACGGAGUGUUUAUCUUUCUAGCGAAAAACGGAAGCUGCUUUAGUUAUUCGAUGCAAUGAUUAGCCACGGUCGAACCUCGAGUGCAUAGCAGCUUCCGUCGCGCAAACACGGUCGCUGCCUACCAUUCUCUGCAAGUAAACAAAGGAUUUCUCUGCUCGACUGCCACCAGAUCAUCGCCAUCAUCGCUGUGAAAAGUGCAUUCUAGUCUCUAGCUGCUGCCCACGUCCUCAUACGGGCAUUCCGGUUGAAGGACAACGACUCGACGAAAAUGCCACCGUACCGCUACCCCACCAACAACUUCACCUACGUUAGUUCUUGCGUGAAGUAUAUGAUAUUUCUGCUGAACUUCAUCUUCUGGCUUUUCGGUGGGCUACUGAUCGGUAUCGGUUUCUACGCGUUCGUAGACAAAUGGCAGGCCACCGGGUUGAUAAAACUCGAAACGUUCUACGACAUCGUACUAAACCUUUCGCUUGUGAUGAUAAUUGCUGGUGGCAUCGUGUUCGUGGUCAGUCUAGCCGGAUGUCUCGGGGCGCUGCGCGAAAAUACCUGCCUGCUGAAGUUCUACUCGCUCUGUUUGCUGAUAUUUUUCCUGUGCGAAAUGGCUAUCGCCAUCACGGCGUUCGUAUUUCCGCACAAAGUAAAUAGCGUCCUAGAGGAGUCGUUUACGGACAAAAUCAUCACGACGUACCGCGACGAUCCGGAUCUGCAGAAUCUCAUCGAUUUCGCUCAGCAAGAGUUCCACUGCUGCGGGCUCAGCAAUGAGGGCUACUUGGAUUGGGGCAAGAACGAGUACUUUAAUUGCUCCUCACCAAGUGUGGAAAAAUGCGGCGUGCCCUACAGCUGCUGCAUCAAUGCCACCGAUAUCAGCUCCGGACUGGUUAACAUCAUGUGCGGAUACCACAUCCAACAGCAGUCGGUCGCGGCAGCAAGCAAGAAAAUCUGGACUAAUGGGUGCAUCGAGAUCGUCCGCGUAUGGGCUGAGCGCAACCUGUACGUGAUUGCGGGCAUUGCGCUCGGGGCCGCCAUCAGCCAGCUGUUCAUCAUCUAUCUAGCCAAGACGCUCGAAGGACAGAUCGAUCUGCAGAAGAGUAGCUGGUCAUAGUGAAUUUACAUUGGGUGGGGAGGCGGCGUUGGCCGACCAGUAUGAUCCGUCGCACGGACACACGGAUCGCGAGACCCGCAACAAAAUAAUUAACCAACGCAGGAGGUAGGAAAACAACAGUGAGAGCAUUUGCGAAAGAACGGUCCGAGAGAGCGAGAGAGAUUAAAAUACGCGAAGGAAAAACAGAGCCACACGCCACAAUGGAACUGUCCGCCAACAAGCAACAGUGGGGCUUCAAACAUUAAGUUGAAGCGCAACAACUCAUAAACACACACAUGCACACACAAAAAACUAUUUACGCCAUCGUUGGCUUGCAAGAAGCAUUUGGGUGAGUAAUGAAAUAGGAGUAGUGGGCUUUUGGCAGUAUGUGAGUUUUGCAGUUCACUACUCUUCCACGUACCCGGCCCCCCAGAUUGCACCGGAGUACCACGCGGUGUCGUGAUGAUCGUGGUAUGUUUUUAUGUGCAAACCUCAUCAGUAUUUUCAUUGAGCAAAUGAGGUAGAAGCGUGAAAUCUUUUAAUGACCUUGUUGCUCGUUGGCCCCCAGAGAGAGAGUAAUUAGUAGCGAAUUCAAAUCAUUCCGAUACAAACCCAUAACACUGAGGAUGACCCCCACAUUUUCCUCAGCCACUAAGCAUAAAAACAGCAUGAUUGUCCUCAAGGUUUGCGUUUAGGUUUUCAAACUCCUUAUUAUAAGAAGCCACUGUCGCUGUCACCACAGUUCCGUACUUGCAACGUCUCCGAGCGUCUCAUUCCCACCAGAACACUGCUCCAGUGUUCACAUGCUUAUAGGCAAUACUAGGAGAAACAGAACCGCUACAUGGAGCAGCAAGAUUUCUUCUUCAAUUUCGGCCACGAUCAGAGACCAGCGUGGACAUGGGCAACAGCGAUUGCAUUCCUCAACAAUUUCCCUGCACAAUAACGACUGAACUGCACAAGCGCGCGCGUAGUGAGGAAGAAUGAGAUUAUCGAUGGAUUAAGAGACCAGCUUUGCCCCGAAGGGUUCGCAUACCUAGGGUGUAAUCUAGACUAGUGACUCCAAAUGCACCGUGUUGAUCGCAGCGUUACACAUUGCGGACAGGAGAUUAGAUGUGAGAUUUGGCCACCAAUGUAUAGGGAACACGGCGAUGAAAUGCGUCAACUUAUCACAACUAAAACCUGCGUGCGAAACUAAGUAAAUGACAAUUGUAUCUCAUUUGAAAAUCUCAAAUAUAAGAACUGUACGGAAACUACUGAGCAGCAGAAGAUCAAAACCAAUCAUGCAACUGAAACGGUGCAUUUCGUGAUGUUUCUUCCCGUUUUGUAGUCUGUAGGUAGGGGCCGGUUGCUAUUCGUGGUCGCUGGUGGAGUAAACUUCCAAUAGAACUGACUGCUGAACUUAACUACAAGAGUACGCCAAUUCUAUGUCAUAUAUAUGUGUAAAGCUCAAUAGAACUGUCUCGAAUUAAAGACAUUUGAACAUGAAUAAAGG